AUGCUACAAAACUAUCACAAACCUUUGUUUUUUAAGAAUCGAUAUAAUUUAUUAGAACCUGACAAAAACAAAAUCAAUUCUGACGGUCUCGAACAAAAUAUAGUUCGAAUAAAAUCGGUAAAGGUUAAGCGUGGUGCAGAUCCAGUUUUCCAUGGACACCCGAAAACAAGAGAAGAAAUUUGGCAUGAGAAUUUCUUGAGAAAGAAUAAUAAUUUCGAUCAAACAUCGUCGCUUACUAAACUAAUAAAUAAUAUAACGUUGACAUAUUUAAACGAUUGCACGCCAGUCAUACUUUACGAUGACCAAAUAAAGUCUAGUGAGAACUUUUUAUUUCAACACCUCUUCAAAAAUUUCCCUGUUUCGUUUAUGCAUGGAUACAUAGGUGAUAAAGAUUACUUAGAAGAGCCAAAGUUGCUACAGCCUAGACAAAAUUGCCAUCAUUUUAUAGUUUUUCUGACUGAUGUUAUGAGAAGUGCUAAAGUUUUGGGUAAGCAAUCGGAAAGUAAGAUUAUUGUGGUCGCGAGGUCUUCACAGUGGGCUGUUCAAGAAUUCCUUGCAGGGCCUGUAUCAAAAAAUUUAGUUAAUUUACUUAUCAUCGGGCAAAGUUUUAAGGAUGACGAAAAUAUGGAAGCGGCGUACAUAUUAUACACUCAUAUUUUAUAUACAGACGGACUGGGUACUAGCAAAUCUUUAAUAUUAUCUUCUUGGAGUCAUGGUAAAUUUUCACGAAAAGUUAAUUUAUUUCCAACUAAAAUGACGCAUGGCUAUGCUGGGCACAGAUUUUUAGUAGCCGCUGCAAAUCAACCUCCCUUUGUAUUCAGGAGAAUAGAAACUGAUUCGGAUGGUGGAAAUCCGAGAGUAGUUUGGAAUGGUCUUGAAAUAAAAAUUCUUAAAUUGCUAGCAGAAAGAAACAAUUUCUCUAUCGAAGUAGUUGAACCUCGGGCACUACAAUUAGGUUCUGGCGACGCUGUUGCUAAAGAGAUAAUUUCCGGUCGAGUUGAUAUCGGCAUAGCCGGAAUGUAUAUAACCGAAGAAAGAGCUCGUGAUAUGGAUGUCAGUUUUUCUCACUCUCAUGAUUGUGCGGCAUUUAUAACAUUAACAUCGACUGCUCUUCCUCGAUAUCGAGCAAUACUUGGUCCAUUCCACUGGCAUGUCUGGGUAGCUCUAACAUUUACUUAUUUAAUUGGUAUAAUCCCUUUGGCAUUCUCAGACAAGCAUACGUUAAGUCACUUAAUUCAUAAUAAGGGAGAAAUUGAGAAUAUGUUCUGGUACGUUUUUGGGACGUUCACUAAUUGUUUUACAUUUGUCGGUGAAAAUUCUUGGAGUAAAACAACAAAAAUAACUACAAGAUUAUUAAUAGGAUGGUAUUGGUUAUUUACAAUCAUUAUAACGAGUUGUUACACAGGAUCAAUUAUAGCAUUUGUAACUUUACCAAUAUUUCCGGAGACGGUAGAUACGAUAUCACAACUUCUGGCCGGGUUUUAUCGUGUUGGAACUUUAGAUCAUGGUGGUUGGGAAAGGUGGUUCUAUAAUUCAUCGGAUCCCUUAACCAAUAAGCUUUUGAGGAAAUUGGAAUUUGUGCCCGAUGUCAAAACUGGAAUUCGGAACACUACUGAGGCAUUUUUCUGGCCUUAUGCAUUCCUGGGAUCACAAUCGGAGUUGGAAUAUAUUGCACAAGCGAAUUUUACAAAAACGGAGUCGAAACGUUCUCUUCUUCAUAUAUCCAAUGAAUGUUUCGUACCAUUUGGUGUUAGCGUGGGUUUUCCAAAUAAUUCUUUAUAUGGGGCCAAAUUAAGUAAAGAUAUCAGCAGAAUGGUACAAAGUGGUAUUAUAAAUAAAUUUAUCGAUGAAGUUCGAUGGGAAAUGCAGAGGACAAAAUCAGGAGACUUAUUAUCAGUAGUACAUAGUCCGAUAAAGAUGAAUUCAAUUGAGGAAAGAGGCUUAACAUUGGAAGACACGCAAGGCAUGUUCCUAUUACUGGGUGCAGGGUGUCUUAUAGCGGCUACCGCUCUUUUAUCUGAAUGGAUGGGAGGAUUUACAAAACGAUGCCGUAAUUUAGGAAAGAAAAUUACCUCAACGAAGACGUCCAAGAACCUUCCCAAUACGCCAAAAGAGUCCGCAAAGACGGAAGUAGCUAUCAGUGAUGGUACCGAAAGUAAAUUGGGUUUUAAUGAGAGAGCUUCAAGCUUUGAAUCUGAUUAUACUUGUGAUGGUCAAAUUAUAACUGUAACUCAAGAGAGUAUAAUAAUACACAACGAUUGUAAUGAAGAAGGUUGGGAUUCUAGGCGAUCUAGUUUCAUCGAUUUAGAUUAUGAAAUCCAAGAAAUUUUUGAAAAGGAAAAUCAACUUACCGAAACAACAUCAGAUAAAAUAAAUAGAAAUGAUACUGCAUCAAAAGGCGCAUUUGGAGAUAUUGUUAGUACAAAAUAG